UUGGUAGGCGCGGGUGUGUACUAUGUAGUUACCGGCGUCGUCCCAGGCGGCGGAGAGCGCGAGCUGGUCGGUGCGACGCGCGGCGCAUGGUUAGUAUUGUUGGUAGGCGUGGGUGUGUACUGUGUAGUUACCGGCGUCUUCCCAGGCGGCGGCAAGCGCGAGCUGGUCGGUGCGGCGCGCGGCGCAUGGUUAGUAUUGUUGGUAGAGCGUGGGUGUGUACUGUGUAGUUACCGGCGUCGUCCCAGGCGGCGGAGAGCGCGAGCUGGUCGGUGCGGCGCGCGGCGCAUGGUUAGUAUUAUUGGUAGGCGUUGGUGUGUACUGUGUAGUUACCGGCGUCGUCCAAGGCGGCGGCAAGCGCGAGCUGGUCGGUGCGGCGCGCGGCGCAUGGUUAGUAUUGUUGGUAGGCGUGGGUGUGUACUGUGUAGUUACCGGCGUCUUCCCAGGCGGCGGCAAGCGCGAGCUGGUCGGUGCGGCGCGCGGCGCAUGGUUAGUAUUGUUGGUAGGCGUGGGUGUGUACUGUGUAGUUACCGGCGUCGUCCCAGGCGGCGGCAAGCGCGAGCUGGUCGGUGCGGCGCGCGGCGCAUGGUUAGUAUUGUUGGUAGGCGUGUAGUUACCGGCGUAUUCCCAGGCGACGGCGAGCGCGAGCUGGUCGGUGCGGCGCGCGGCGCAUGGUUAUUAUUGUUGGUAGGCGUGGGUGUGUACUGUGUAGUUACCGGCGUCGUCCCAGGCGGCGGAGAGCGCGAGCUGGUCGGUGCGGCGCGCGGCGCAUGGAUAGUAUUGUUGGCAGGCGUGGGUGUGUACUGUGUAGUUACCGGCGUCGUCCCAGGCGGCGGAGCAAGCGCGAGCUGGUUGGUGUGGCGCGCGGCGCAUGGCGGCGGAGAGCGCGAGCUGGUCGGUGCGGCGCGCGGCGCAUGGUUAGUAUUGUUGGUAGGCGUGGGUGUGUACUGUGUAGUUACCGGCGUCGUCCCAGGCGGCGGAGAGCGCGAGCUGGUCGGUGCGGCGCGCGGCGCAUGGUUAGUAUUGUUGGUAGGCGUGGGUGUGUACUGUGUAGUUACCGGCGUCGUCCCAGGCGGCGGCAAGCGCGAGCUGGUCGGUGCGGCGCGCGGCGCAUGGUUAGUAUUGUUGGUAGGCGUGGGUGUGUACUGUGUAGUUACCGGCGUCGUCCCAGGCGGCGGCAAGCGCGAGCUGGUCGGUGCGGCGCGCGGCGCAUGGUUAGUAUUGUUGGUAGGCGUGGGUGUGUACUGUGUAGUUACCGGCGUCGUCCCAGGCGGCGGCAAGCGCGAGCUGGUCGGUGCGGCGCGCGGCGCAUGGUUAGUAUUGUUGGUAGGCGUGGGUGUGUACUGUGUAGUUACCGGCGUCGUCCCAGGCGGCGGCAAGCGCGAGCUGGUCGGUGCGGCGCGCGGCGCAUGGUUAGUAUUGUUGGUAGGCGUGUUAGUUACCGGCGUAUUCCCAGGCGACGGCGAGCGCGAGCUGGCGGCGGAAAGCGCGAGCUGGUCGGCUGCCGCGCGCGGCGCAUGGAUAGUAUUGUUGGCAGGCGUGGGUGUGUACUGUGUAGUUACCGGCGUCGUCCCAGGCGGCGGAGAGCGCGAGCUGGUCGGUGCGGCGCGCGGCGCAUGGUUAGUAUUGUUGGUAGGCGUGGAUGUGUACUGUGUAGUUACCGGCGUCGUCCCAGGCGGCGGAGAGCGCGAGCUGGUCGGUGCGGCGCGCGGCGCAUGGUUAGUAUUGUUGGUAGGCGUGGGUGUGUACUGUGUAGUUACCGGCGUCGUCCCAGGCGGCGGAGAGCGCGAGCUGGUCGGUGCGGCGCGCGGCGCAUGGUUAGUAUUGUUGGUAGGCGUGGGUGUGUACUGUGUAGUUACCGGCGUUGUCCCAGGCGGCGGAGAGCGCGAGCUGGUCGGUGCGGCGCGCGGCGCAUGGUUAGUAUUGUUGGUAGGCGUGGGUGUGUACUGUGUAGUUACCGGCGUCGUCCCAGGCGGCGGAGAGCGCGAGCUGGUCGGUGCGGCGCGCGGCGCAUGGUUAGUAUUGUUGGUAGGCGUGGGUGUGUACUGUGUAGUUACCGGCGUCGUCCCAGGCGGCGGAGAGCGCGAGCUGGUCGGUGCGGCGCGCGGCGCAUGGUUAGUAUUGUUGGUAGGCGUGGGUGUGUACUGUGUAGUUACCGGCGUCGUCCCAGGCGGCGGAGAGCGCGAGCUGGUCGGUGCGGCGCGCGGCGCAUGGUUAGUAUUGUUGGUAGGCAGUGUAGUUACCGGCGUAUUCCCAGGCGACGGCGAGCGCGAGCUGGUCGGUGCAGGCGCGCGGCGCAUGGUUAGUAUUGUUGGUAGGCGUGGGUGUGUACUGUGUAGUUACCGGCGUCGUCCCAGGCGGCGGAGAGCGCGAGCUGGUCGGUGCGGCGCGCGGCGCAUGGUUAGUAUUGUUGGUAGGCGUGGAUGUGUACUGUGUAGUUACCGGCGUCGUCCCAGGCGGCGGAGAGCGCGAGCUGGUCGGUGCGGCGCGCGGCGCAUGGUUAGUAUUGUUGGUAGGCGUGGGUGUGUACUGUGUAGUUACCGGCGUCGUCCCAGGCGGCGGAGAGCGCGAGCUGGUCGGUGCGGCGCGUGGCGCAUGGUUAGUAUUGUUGGUAGGCGUGGGUGUGUACUGUGUAGUUACCGGCGUCUUCCCAGGCGACGGCAAGCGCGAGCUGGUCGGUGCGGCGCGCGGCGCAUGGUUAGUAUUGUUGGUAGGCGUAUAGUUACCGGAGUAUUCCCAGGCGGCGGCGAGCGCGAGCUGGUCGGUGCGGCGCGCGGCGCAUGGUUAGUAUUGUUGGUAGGCGUGGGUGUGUACUGUGUAGUUACCGGCGUCUUCCCAGGCGGCGGCGAGCGCGGGCUGGUCGGUGCGGCGCGCGGCGCAUGGUUAGUAUUGUUGGUAGGCGCGGGUGUGUACUGUGUAGUUACCGGCGUCUUCCCAGGCGGCGGCGAGCGCGAGCUGGUCGGUGCGGCGCGCGGCGCAUGGUUGGUAUUGUUGGUAGGCGCGGGUGUGUACUGUGUAGUUUACCGGCGUCGUCCCAGGCGGCGGCGAGCGCGAGCUGGUCGGUGCGGCGCGCGGCGCAUGGUUAGUAUUGUUGGUAGGCGCCGGUGUGUACUGUGUAGUUACCGGCGUCGUCCCAGGCGGCGGCGGAGAGCGCGAGCUGGUCGGUGCGGCGCGCGGCGCAUGGUUAGUUUUGUUGGUAGGCGCGGGUGUGUACUGUGUAGUUUACCGGCGUCGUCCCAGGCGGCGGCGAGCGUGAGCUGGUCGGUGCGGCGCGCGGCGCGCUGGGCGGCGAGCGCACGCAGCGCACACAAAGCGCGCGCCGGGCGCACCAGCAGUCGCAGGUCCAACACUGCUGCUUGGUGA